AUGCGUGUCCGCCUUCGCCCGUUCUUUCCCGUCCCAACUCUUUCCAGACCCAACCACUCUGGGAUUCGCUCCACAGUCCACAACUUCCAGAAUCUGGAUUAUGUUCCAUGGCAGCGGUCCAAGCAGAAAACCAAGUCACCUACUCUUCCUCCCCUCCUACAAACCAGAGGCCACCAGAAGAGCAAAACGAAGACUUUGACUAGCGUCCUUCCAGGGUUGCAUUCCAAGCCCACCAUGUUGAUGACAAGCCAGCUGAGGAAUCCACAAGAAAAGCACAGAGGGAGGUUGGACUCUGGGAAGAUACAGGCCAAAAUCCGGCUAUUGAGGACGUUGCUCAGGAACCGGCAAACCACACUCCAGGAGCUCUCCAACCAUGAGGUCUUCCUCACCAAGCUCAACUGGGAGCUGAUCAAGGCCAUCCAGGACAUGGAAGACAGCUCGGCCCUGAAAGUGCGCACGAUGCUGUAUCGGCAGGACAUCCUUGAGACUGUCAUGGAUAUCUUGGAGUGCUCGAACAAGAAGAAGCUGCAGAAGCUCAAGUAUGAACUUAAGGAGUGGGAGGAGAAGGAGGAGUCCAAGAUGCAGUCCCUGGCGCGGCAGGUGGAACAGCUGAAUGCCAAGAUUGAGAAGACCUACAAGGAAGUGAGCUUCCUGAGCACGUACAUGGACCACGAGUAUCCUGUCAGGUCGGUCCAGAUUGCCAACCUUGUGCGCCAGCUGCAGCAGAUAAAGGACAGCCAGCAGGAUGAGCUGGAUGACCUUAGUGAGAUGCGCAGAAUGGUCCUGCAGUCUUUGUCUAAUCAGAUUCAGAAGAAGAAGAAAAAGCUUCUGAAAGCUCUGGUGGUGAAAAGCCAGCAACCCCAUCAGGAGGCUCUUCUGCAGAAGACCCGGGACAGCCAGGACAUGCUGAAGUGCAUGGACAAGUUCAGAGAAUUUAUCAACCAGUUUGAGGAGGAAAUACCCAUAUUGAAGGCAGAGGUGGAGCAGCUCCAGGUCCAGGUCCAGGAGCCCCGAGAGAUCAUAUUUGCGGACGUUCUGCUUCGGAGACCCAAGUGCACCCCAGACAUGGACGUCAUCCUCAACAUCCCGGUAGAAGAGCUGCUACCCUUCUAGAUGUUGGGGCCAGGGGCCAGCCUUUCCUCCGUGCUCUUUUCCCCAUACCCGGAGCCUUGAAUUGUCUUCUUCCAUGACCGCAU